UCGUGUUAUUAUUGACCAACAGUGUUAAACCACAUAUAUAGACAACUACAUAAGAUCUGCAGCUAUCUAGGAAAUGACGUCUUCCUCAUAAUUUCCGUUACAUGACCCCCCGCUAUACAUAUCAGAGAGAAUAUUCUUUGUCUUGUUCUCUUUAUAGCCGAUAUGAGUUAAUAACUAGAUGUGACGUUUAAGAGAUUAUUUACUUAAAACGACAUUGGAAAGGAACAUUGUUACAAGGAAAGCGAAGAAGAUGGCCAUAUUCAACAUAACGCGGAUAUAGACCGGCCAACCACAAGAGAAACUGCUAUAUGGGGUAUCAAAUCUGGUGUUUUAGAUACGUUAAGUGCAAAACCUUCUUUCAUAGCUAUUUCUGCCGUUCUACAAUACAGACACCUUUAAAUGGAUGGCACAAACUGUUUUAAAAAGCCAGCCAGAUAGAUUACGUCUACGUCUUCAUACGUCAUUACCUUUCAAUUAAUUUGAUUGGUUACACCUGGUUAGAUAUAUAGGAAGUGUGUAUGUGUGUGAUUCUGUAGUGGAGUGGACUACAAGAGUAUAAAAUAUUUAUCAUGUCGAGUCUGGCCACCACUAGCAGAUUAAUUUAAUUGAUUAUAUCGAAGGGAAACUACCAAGGCAAACAGACCUGCGUGUAAACCUGAGUGCAUGCCACGUGGGUCGUUAUUGAAGACAUUAUUUUCUAUUCAUGCUCGCCUGUUUGUUAUUGUCUGAAGCAAUUUAAAGCAAGAUGAAUCUUGAAAUCCCAGACGGUCUGGGUGAUCUACUCAGAGACUUUACUGUAUCGGUAUUACGAGAACGACCAGGCGAUCUAUAUGACUUCGCUGUAGAAUAUUUCACCAGAGCUCGAGAAACUCGGCGACCCAAAGAAGUACCAAUGUACAUCAUAGUGGACAGUGAUGAGGAAGCGGGCGAACCAGAUCCAGAAAUGUUUAAACCAAAAAACACGAGAAAUCGAUACGCCCGGCGCCAGAGCGUUUCCGCAGAACGUUACGAUCCCGAAGAGGAUGACGACGACGAAGACAGAGUCGUGCACCCUAAAACCGAUGCGCAAAGAGAACGUCUUACUGAGGCAGUCAGUGGUAUUUUGUUGUUUCGUUCGUUAGAUUCCGAUCAAAUGCAGGAAGUGAUUGAUGCUAUGUUUGAGAAAAAGGUAAAACCGGGCGAAACGGUCAUACGACAAGGAGAUGAUGGUGAUAACUUUUACGUCAUUGAUGAUGGUAUUUAUGACGUGUCUGUCAAUAUUAAGGGUUCUGAAAAACAAGUUCACACUUUUGACAAUCGUGGAAGUUUUGGUGAACUAGCGUUAAUGUACAACAUGCCUCGAUCAGCUACCGUCAUAGCCGACUCCGCUGGAACGUUAUGGGCCAUGGAUAGAAAUUCUUUCAGACGAAUUGUGCUUAAAAGUGCCUUUAAGAAACGAAAGAAAUAUGAAACACUUCUAGAAAAUGUGACCAUUUUACAGUCGUUAGAUGUAUACGAGCGCAUGACUCUCGCCGAUGCACUACAUCCUAAAGUUUAUCAAGAGGGUGAAGCAAUUAUCAAACAGGGUGAUGAUGCUGAUGGCAUAUAUUUUGUGGAAGACGGUCAUAUUCGCAUCACCAUUGACAAUCCGGAAGGUAGUGAACAGGAAAUAGCCACACGCUCAACCGGAACUUAUUUUGGUGAACUCGCACUUAUAGAAAAUAAACCUAGAACAGCUAACGUAUACGCUGUUGGCAAAGUAAAAGUAGCAUUUUUAGAACGUGAGUGUUUUGAACGAUUGCUAGGACCGUGCGUAGACAUUAUGAAACGUAAUAGUCAACUAUAUACCAUGUAUGUGGGUAAAUGAUGGCGUGUUUUUAGCCCGGAAACAGUUUAUUUUUGGUUUUGUUCCAUUUCUGGUUGCCAUCUUGUUUUAUUAAUUGUCCAUUAGAAGGAUGGAAGAGAAUGGAUGUUGUGUUGUUGUAUAGUGUUACGUCAUAAAAUUCUAAAAUUGUUUACAUCGCUAAAACUAUAAUGGAUACGACAUUACAAAAUAUUAUUGUGUGUUUAUAAGCGAAAUGUACAUUAAAACUGCCCUUGCAAAUGAAAUUCGGAUAAUUAACCGAGUGAACAAUUACUAAAUUUGUACACUGUAUUACGUUUUCCUACAUAAAUAUAUAGCUUAUCAACUGUGUGUUUGGUCGGUUCUGAAAAACCCACAGCAUUUCCUCAAUUAUUUUAUCAGUGAUGUCAGUGUAUGAUCAUAGUUGUUUAUCAAGCUGGGUUGAACACUUUAUUCGAGUAUUGAAAUCCAGUAGGUUGGGUUUUUUUUUUUUUAUCAACUUUGAUGUGGAUAUUAAACCUAUGAAUUGUUUAGUGCUCACUCUACGAUAUUUGAAGACUGUCCUGAUUAUUUUGUUUUGUUUUUUUUUUUUGUUUAUAAACGUCGUUCCUGCUUAAAUGUUUAGAAAAAUUGGAUCACUCUUGUAUGGAUGACGUAAUAAAACAGCACUCUCAUUCAAUCUGGGACAUAGUUUUAUGUAUAUAUAUAUAUAUAAAUUAUUUUAUUAUUUAAUUUAGCAGAAGUGUUUUCUAGGCACUUUCUGAUCGAGAAAAAAACUAUGUCAACACAACAGAUAAUAUACUCUUCCAAAAAAAAGUAGGGGAUAUUCAGAAACAAUACAAAACUGCGGAAAUGCACUGCUGUUUUUAUUAGAGGUAAUCAGUGUAUGUUAAUAACAGGCCAAUUGCCUACACAUGAACACAAACAGUUCAUAUGGGUGGCUUAUCUGACGGCCCCAUUUCACUCGCAAAUAGAUACACUGUGAAAAGUGAAAAUGGACGUUUUUGAUUUUUGUCUUAAUAAUGAGUAAUUGCUCCACCAAUCCUCAGAUAUUCAUGAAUUCGUCAUGGCAUGCUCCUAAUCAACCGUCCAAUCACGAUUUGGGGCAAUCUGACCCACUCCUCUUGCAGUGACACGGCCAAUUCUUACAGUGUUGUCGGUUGACGUUGACGUCGACGAACACGUCUCCCGAUCAAAUUAAACGUAACACACUAAAACAAAGAUACGCUAAACAGUAAAUCUUAUGCAAGAACCGAUAGGAAAGCAAACAUGGAUAGGAUAAACCAGCAAACGGCAGUUUUCAUCAACCCUUCCUUGAAGUGUCAAAUUUGACAAUGAACCCCUCCCACGUGUAUGGCGCUAUUGCGUGUCGCACCUGCAGCUCAGUGGUUCUGUUGGGGCGAUAAGUUCUUCAUCUGUGAACAUACCCUCAAAGCAUGUCAAAUUUCCAUGACUAUUUAUCAUAUCACAACCUGCAUAGGUAUUUGCAUUUCAAAAUCCCCUACUUUUUUUGAAGAGUAUAUAUCAGAUAGAUAGGAACUUAGGAAAAUACAAUUCACACGUUGAUGAUAAGGAAUCAAGCAGCUUUUAUCAGAUAGACCAACUAUGGCACAGGCAUUUAGUUCUAUAUGGUUUAACCGAGAAACUUAUUAUGGCAGUGACUACGACAUCACUCUUGGUGGAAGUGGACGUAAAACUCUAGUAACGAACGAACGUAUAAGUUUAGACUACAGAGCAGAGCAAAAUCAAACAUGUUUAAACUUGACAUAAAGUCAACAUGCCGAAUUGAUGCCUUAUAGUUGGGUGGCAUUGCGCUUUCAUUGGCCUCCUCAAUAAUAAUGGCUGAUAUCAAGAAUCAUUCGUUAAUCUUCAACUAAAGACGACGGGAUCAUUCAUUAGUUAGCCAUUUGCCAACUUGAAAGUACAUGUACCUUAUUACGAACCAAGAUAGUGCAUAUUUAAUUUUAAUAAUUACAAGAAUUUAUAAUUCAGACCAAGAAUUGCCUUUGCUCCAUCGAAAACUUUUAUCAUCGGAUCAAAAAACAUAAAUCACAAUUUAAUACAACCUGGGCAAACGUUCACAUAAGCGAAUUUCAUAAGUUAACAUAAUCAAAUGUACAAUAUGUUAAUAAAUAUGUACAAUCUA